AUGUUUUCAUAUUUAACAACAUUUUUAAAUUACGUACUCAAAAAUAAAGAUAAUUGUGCAUUGGAAGAUGAUGAAAAGGAAAAUUUUCUAGCAGAUGAAUUAUUAGAGCUUGAAUUGCAAGCUGAGAAAGAGCAAGAAGCUGUUUUACCCCAAAUUCUUGAAAGAGAACCACUAAUUAAUACAGCUUGCUUUCAAAGAACAGGUCUAAUAACUGACUGUGGAGAAAAUUUUGUUAUGAUUGAUGGCUUAAUUUAUUUUGAUCUUAACGGAUGUACCUUAAAAUUUAAUGUUAAUGACAGAAUUGUAUACUUGGGUUACAAAGACGCUAAUAAUGCCACUAUAGUUGUAAGAAUAUUGGAGAAUGAAGGCUCUUAUUGGGGUGAUGAUGAGGUUGAUGCUGAAGAAAAGAAUUUUGACAUUAUUGAGCACAUUUUAAUUGGACAAGUUGAAAACAGACAAGAUAGAUUUGUCUAUAUGACUGAGAGUGAUUUAAAAUUCAACCUGGAUGAUGUUGAAGGAUCUUUUGUUCCUAUUAAAGGUGAUUGGUUGGAAUUAAAAUGCUCAGUGCAACAAGACAGUAAAAAACUAUCUGAUAUUUCUCCUACACAGGUAUUAAAAGUGAUAAGUUUCAAUUAUAUAAGAAAGAAAAUAAAAUCAGCAAUUGUCACAGAAUGUUUUUCAAAUGGUGGUAUUUGUGACAGACAAAUUUAUUACAAUAACAGUGCUUUAACAAAUGGUCCUCAACCAGAGAUGGGCACAAGGGUUUUAGUUGAAGCAAUAGAAAGUACACAAGGUUCAUGUAGUUGGAGAGCAAUAAAAUUAUUAGUAAUUGAAAAUAAUUCACCAAAAAAAAUUGCUAGUGAGUUACCAAAUGAAGAGGAUAUAGGCCUUACUUUAGAAAAAGAAAAAGGUAUAGAUAUGACAUAUCCUUUGAAAUUUGAAGAUGUUAAUUUUCAUCAAUCUGCAAAAAUUAACCUAAACAUUACAAAUACAAGUAAUCACUCGUAUACUAUCAAUAAAUGGAUAAUUUUAAGUAAGAAAAGAGAUUCUCAGAUAAAUAUAAAACCAUUCAUCAAUCAACCAGUAUGCUUGGAAAGUGGAGAAACAUUUAAACUCACAAUAACAUGCAUUCCAAAGUUUUUAGGCAAUUCCAAAGAAUGCUUAGUAUUUUUGUUUAAAGGAUUCCAGAUUAAAAGAUUUAUUUAUAUAAAUAUAGUAGAUGGUAUGCAACAUAUGAGUGUUUCUAAAGAUAGUUACAAAUAUUGGAAAGAAUCGGAUAAAAUUGAAGCCAUGAAAAAAAUUAAAAAUAAAAGUGACCUUUUUGUUCCUGGAGUGAAACCGUGCAAAACACCUUCUUUUGUUGCUGUCAAAAUAGGCCAUUACCCAAUACCAGAAAAGAUAUGGGCAGUUGUUUUGGGUGAUUCAGAUAAAAUGGUAUAUACUAAUGAUUUUGCUAAGAUAUUGUAUAAAAUUGAAACUCACUUGCCAUUUUUGACACAGGAGUUAUGCAUUACUAAUUAUACUGAUAAAUGGCAUACUCUAUUAUAUAUGGAAGAAAUUCAAGCAAAUUUAAAUAUGAGAGUCUAUGAUAGAGACAAAGUUUACUUGAUUCGAUGUGAUGAAUAUUUGGCUGUUGAAAUAAAUGGACUCUCUGAGAAAAGACCAUCAUUAAUCAAAGGUGACAAAGUUAUUGUAAAAGAUAUUUGGAAUGAAAAUGCUUCUCAAUAUGAAGGUUUUAUACACGCAAUUAAAGGUGAAUUAGUUUUGGUGAAAUUUAAUGCACAGUUCCAAGAGACAUAUAGUGGUUCUGAUGUGUCUAUAGAGUUCCAUUUCAGUAGAACAAUUUACAGAAGAUCACACUAUGCUAUUAAUCAAGCAAUAUCUAAUUUGGGGCCGGACAUAUUAUUCCCAUCUCGUGUUAAAGUUAAACCACCCCAAAUUUCUUAUGAAAAUGUUAAUAACAUCACAUGGUUCAAUAAGAAUUUGAAUAAUUGUCAGAAAAAUGCAGUAACUAACAUAAUUAAGGGAGAAUGUCGACCAUUGCCAUAUGUCAUAUUUGGUCCACCAGGUACUGGAAAAACAGUUACAGUUAUCGAGACUGUUUUGCAAAUAUUGACACUGUUUCCGGAGAGUAGAGUUUUGGUGGCCACACCAUCUAACAGUGCAUCCAAUUUGGUAACAGAGAGAUUAAUAAAGUAUAAAGGAUCUUUCUCAGGUUCAAUUGUAAGACUAAUUGCAAAUUAUUUAAUUGAUUCCGACAACAUUCCAGAAAUCGUGCGCCCCUAUUGCGCUACCCUCGAUAUAGCCACGGAAAACAGUACGAAAACAAUGUAUACAGUGAAAAAUAAAGUGCAUCUAAAUUGCCAAAAGUCUCAUAUAGGAAGACAUCGGGUUACUAUUGGUACUUGUUUCUGUCUUGGUGCUCUAAAACAUUUAGACUUACCGCAAGGUCAUUUUACGCACAUUAUUAUUGAUGAGGCAGGGCAAGCGACAGAACCAGAAGUUAUGUUGCCGAUGACUUUUGUUGAUAAAAAUCAUGGUCAAAUAAUACUUGCGGGCGAUCCAAUGCAACUAGGGCCCGUUGUUAUGUCGUCAUAUUGCAGCGAAUAUGGUAUGAGUGAAUCUUAUUUAUGCAGGCUUUUAGAAAGGAGUCCAUAUUUAAAAGAUUAUGAUGCAUUCGAAAAUGGUUUUGAUAACCGACUUGUAACUAAGUUAAAUGAUAACUACAGAUCGCUAGAAGAAGUGAUAACGUUGUCGAAUCAAAUGUUUUAUGAUGGAACUCUCGUUGCUAAAAUCAACAAAAGUUUGCCUUGGACAUCCAGAUUUAUAGAUCCCAUUUGUGAAAUAUUUGACUGCCAAACUAAUACAGGUGGAGUGUUUGUAUAUGGUAUUAAAGGUUACAAUCUAAGAUCGGAAGAAAGUCCAUCUUGGUAUAAUCCACAAGAGGCAUCAAUGUUAGCUCUGACUGUAUGUAAACUUUACAAAAAAAAUAUAACAGCCAAUGAAAUUGGUAUCAUAACUCCAUAUAUUGCUCAGACAAAGUACUUUCGAGUUCUGUUUGAAUCCAUGGCGCUGGAUCUUCCUAAAAUAGGGACUGUCGAAGAAUUCCAAGGACAAGAAAGACCUAUAAUUUUAAUAUCAACAGUGAGAUCUAAUGAAACAUUGUUACAAGAGGACAUACGACAUUCAUUAGGUUUCGUAAAAAGCCCAAAAAGAUUGAAUGUUGCAUUAACAAGAGCACAAGUUGCUGUUAUACUUUUUUGCAAUCCUCAUGUUCUAUCAACAGAUCCUUUGUGGAGCAAAGUCAUAAAAUAUGCGAUUUCGUCUGAAAAAUAUAUGGGCUGUGAUUUGCCACAUGAUUAUAUU